AUGAAGUUGAAGAGCUACACCAAGAUGGUCAUUCAGUGGUCUUGUGACACAUGCAAGCGCGAAUGUAUCCCCGUUCGCGAGGAAAGCCGAUGUCUUUGCGGACACCGAUACAAGGAGCACCCGAGUAGUGUCAGCGACCCUCGAGUGAAAUCCCCAAAAGGGUUCCGUGCUUUCGCCUGUACAUCAGCCAGGUGUUCGUGCAGAGCUUUCUUCUAUGUUGUGGCGGAAGGCGCCUGGAUCCUACGAUGCCGCUGCAAACAUAGACACACGAAUCACGACCCGGGAAGCAAACCAUUUGUCUGCAAAAGGCCCAAGUGCGGCUGUCAAGGAUUUGACAGUCCGUGGGUUUGCAAUUGCGACCAUCCGUGGGGCGCGCACCGCCAGCAUCUUGUCGAGAAGAAGUUUGACCCGCUGCAAAUGUUGCAGGCUCAGCUCACGGCUCCGGAGCUCAACACGGUGCAUCGGACAGACUUGCUGGCCUCUCCACUAAACUUGCGGCUGUGA